AUGUCUGGCCACCAGUGUCCCCACGCUUCCUGCUGUCAUCUGGACCCUGCUCCGACCGGCGUGCACCAGACCCUGGAUGAGAUGGACUUUGAGCGCGGAAUCUGGUCAGCAGCCGGUGAAGGGGACCUCAAUAGAGUGGUGUCUCAACUGAAUAAGGGGACUGAUCCAAACAAGACUGAUGCUUCUGGCUACACUGCACUACACUACGCCAGCCGGAAUGGGCAUGAGGCAGUCUGCCGGGCGCUGCUGUCCCAUGGGGCACUCGUGAACGCGCAGACGCCGGGGGGAGCCACUGCAUUGAGCCGAGCGGCGUACUGUGGCCACGCUACCAUUGUGUCCCUUUUGUUCAAGCACGGAGCUGACUGCAGACUUCGUGACAGCGAUGGAAUGACUGCGCUUCACAAAGUGGCCGAGGGAGGGCAUUUAUCAGUCUGUAAAUUGCUAGUCCAACAACAACCUGAUUUGAAGGACAUUGUUGACAACAAGUGUAGGAAGGCCUGCGAUCUAUUGAAAGAAGAUUCUGAACUUAAGGCCCUUCUUUCUACAGGUUGAAUUGAUUUGGUAUUGAAGAUAGGCACAUUUAUAUAAGUAUAUAAUAUAAUAACAUGGACCAUUUUUCUGACAUGGGAUAUUAAUAUAUGAGAAAUGCUUUAGAAAUGCAUAUAAGUGACAUGGUGAUUUUCACUAAAACAAUUUGGCAAUUGUCAUGUUUUAUCAUUGAAGAGACCUGCAUUUAUUUAGUAAAGGCAAGUGUUUGACCUUUAUUCCAAAAUUAGAGGACAGCACACCAAUCUAGAAUAGGUCAAGAAAGAAGGAACCAGGCCUGGGAGAUGAAUGGACUCUGCUGCAUUCUAAGAAUCUCCUGGACAGCCCACCAGACAAAUAAGCCAAUUCCUCGAUUAAACAGGCAACCAAAGUGUAUUUCGUGAGUAGAUUAAGGAGACGGUGUUUCUGGGACACGUCCUGUGGAAAUCCUGGAGACUGCCCGGAGAAGAUGAUUGUUCAAGGCUCAGUCCCCAAGAAAGUGAGGCCGACCAGAAGAACGUGGAUUGAUGAUGCAAUUGCUUUGGACAGGGCUCAGUAUGGGAAAACUCGCAAGAACUGCUGAACACAGAGCCCUGUGACGUAA